AUGCCCAUAGCAGACCAAUUGGUGGAUGCAGCGGCAAAGAAUGGAAUUCUAUCAUUCAUGGAUGGCCAUUCCAGUUACAAUCAGAUUUAUAUUGCUGAAGAAGAUAUUUCAAAAACGGCAUUCAGAUGUCCAGGCUCUAUUGGGACAUUUGAGUGGGUGGUUAUGCUGUUUAGCCUUCAGAAUGCAGGAGCUACCUACCAAAGGGCGAUGAAUGCGAUUUUCCAUGAUAUAAUUAGUAGGUUUAUGGAGGUUUAUAUUGAUGACGUAAUCAUCAAGUCAUCAAAAAAUCCUCAACACUUGAUCAACUUAGAGAUGGCCUUCAAAAGGAUGAGGAUGCACAAGUUGAAGAUGAAUCCGUUGAAAUGCGCUUUUGGAGUUUCAGCUGGAAAUUUCUUAGGCUUUCUGGUUCACCAGAGAGGAAUAGAGAUUGACAAGAACAAAGCUAAGGCCAUUAUGGAAGCACAACCUCCUCAGAGCAAGAAUGAGCUUCAGAGGUUCCUGGGGCAAGUAGGUUUUCUUCGCAGAUUCAUUUCCAACCAUGCUGGAAAAACCCAUGUUUUUUCAUCUAUUCUGAAGUUGAAAGAAACAGAAGAUUUCCAGUGGGCUAACCAGCAUCAAGAAGCUUUCGAAGAACUUAAAAGAUACCUGGUCAAUCCACCUGUAAUGAUGCCACCAAUAAAGAAGCAGCCUUUAAGGUUAUACUUAUCGGCCGCUGAGGAGUCCAUUGGGACUCUAUUGGCACAAAAUAAUGAGUGGGGAAAAGAACAGGCAAUCUACUUUCUUAGUCGAUUACUCACUCCAGUGGAAUGUAGGUACACUCCAAUUGAAAAGUUAUGUCUUGCUUUGUAUUAUUCUGCGAUGAAAUUAAGAAUAUACAUGCUUCCGGUUGUUAUGUACAUUGUUUCUCAAAUUGAUUUGAUUAAGUACAUGUUAUUGAGGCCUUUGAUUACUAGAAGGAUUGGAAAAUGGUCAUUGGCCUUAAUGGAGUUUAGUUUUAAGUACAUUCCACAGAAAGCAGUCAAGGGACGUGGUCUAGCAGAAUUUCUGGCUGAUCAUCCUUCUACUGAAAUAGCAACAGAAGUGUGUGACGAGGUGGAUAGUCUCUACCUCGAACAUUCUUCAUGGACAUUACUCUUUGAUGGUUUAUGUAUUAGCGAUGGAGGAGGAGCUAAAAUUGUUAUAAUUUCUCUAAGGAAAAGGAAGACAUCAUUUUCUUUCUUUUUGGAUUAUUUAUGUACUAAUAACCAAGCUGAGUAUGAGUCACUCAUAAUUGGUUUGGAAAUUCUACUAGAAAUGAAAGCCAGAAGUGUACUCAUCAUUAGAGAUUCCAAGCUCGUGAUCAACCAAUUGGCUGAUGAAUACAGAUGCCUUAGUCAUCAUCUGAGGCCUUUCCAUUUCUUGGCCUUACAAUUAAUAGAUCAAUUUGAUGAUUAUCAGUUACAGCAUUGGCCAAAACACCUGAAUAAAGAGGCAGACAGACUGGCCCAGGUAGCAUCCAGUAUAAGAGUUCCACCUAGAGUAGAAGAAACCAUAAUAUCAAUAAAAAGAAGACCACUUCCAUCUAUAGAAAUGAGGAAUGAACAUUUAGAAGUUAAUUAUGUUGACUUGGAGGAGGCAGAUCCAGAUGAUUGGAGAAUUCCCAUCAUUAAGUUCCUGAUGAAUCCAAGUACAAAUGUGAAUAAGAAAAUUCAGCUUGUAGCUCCUCAUUACAUUCUAAUGGAUGGAGAAUUGUACAAGAAAAGCAAAGAAAAUGGUCUUCUCCUCAGGUGUUUGGACAAAUUGGAAUCAAUUCAAGCCAUGGGGGAAGUUCAUAACGGGCUAUGUGGAGCCCAUCAAGCUGGAACAAAGAUGAGAUGGCUACUAAGAAGAGUGUCAGCCAUCGACAUACAGCUUGUGGUGAAGAUAUGGCUAUUUAGAGGUUGGGCAUUAGAUUUCAUUGGGAAAAUCACACCUCCUUCUACUGAUGACCAUACUUAUAUAGUAGUGGCCACAGACUAUUUCACGAAAUGGGUGGAAGCCAUUCCUUUGAAAUCUUGUGUACAAUCAACAGUGAUGGAUUUCAUUGAGAAGCAUAUCAUCCAUCGGUUUAGAAUUCCGAAGACCAUCACCACAGAUAGAAGUUUUUCCUUUCUAGGAAGUAUGGUGCAAGAUCUAUCCGACAUAUAUAAUAUCCAGUUCACAAGCUUUACUCUAUACUUUGCUCAAGCAAAUGGACAAGCAGAGGCAUCUAACAAGGUCAUCAUUGGCAUAAUUGAGAAGAUGAUUGAGAAGUAUCCACGGCAGUGGCAUAAUCUUUUGUCAGAAGCACUAUGGGCUUAUAGGAAUUCAAAAAGAACAAGUACUGGAGUUAUUCCUUAUAUGUUAACGUAUGGACACGAUGCAGUACUUCCAAUGGAAAUGACAGUGAAAUCAACAAGAGUAGCUUUCCAAAAUGAGUUGACUCCAGCUGAAUAUACUCAAGCCAUGCUAGCAGAGCUAAAAGACCUUGAUGAAGUUCGGUUAAGUGCUUUAGACCAUGUUAUUAAACAGAAGGAGAAGGUGAUGCGAGCUUACAACAAAAAGGUAAAGGCUAAGUCUUUCCUAGAAGGAGACAUGGUUUGGAAAGUCAAAUUGCCACUUGGGACUAAACAUAGAGAGUUUGGCAAAUGGACUCCAAAAUGGGAAGGACCUUUCUUAGUUGAAAGGAUUCUAGGAAAAUGA